CCGCACGGCGGGGCCGGGGAGUCUCUGACCCAGUUCACCUGAGCCCCGCAAAGGACAUGCUGACCCUGGCGGGGGCUGUGACCCGACAACACCAGGGGCUUCAUGCUGAACGGAGAGCAGGUCUGGCCCAGCGCUCGAGGGCCUUUGCGGUCAGAAACAAGGCGGAGGUGCUGUCCUUAGUUUCAGGCCAGUGAAAGACUGCCGGGGCUAGACCGUCAUGGGCGAGGCCAGUAGAGAUGAGUAUAAAAUCCAGUCUUUUGAUGCAGAGACUCAGCAGCUGCUGAAGACUGCGCUCAAAGAUCCAGGUGCUGUGGACUUGGAGAAAGUGGCCAGUGUGAUUGUGGACCAUUCUCUGCAGGACUGUGUGUUCAGCAAGGAAGCAGGACGGAUGUGCUAUGCCAUCAUACAGGCAGAGAGUAAGCAAACUGGCCAGAGUGUCUUUCGGCGCGGGCUCCUCGACAGGCUGCAGCAGGAGUAUGAGGCCAGGGAGCAGCUGCGGGCACGCUCCCUGCAGGGCUGGGUCUGCUAUGUCACCUUUAUCUGCAACAUCUUUGACUACCUGAAGGUGAACAACAUGCCCAUGAUGGCCCUGGUCAACCCUGUCUAUGACUGUCUCUUCCAGCUGGCCCAGCCGGAGAGCCUGAGCAGGGAAGAGGAGGUGGACUGCCUGGUGCUGCAGCUGCACCGGGUUGGGGAGCAGCUGGAGAAGAUGAAUGGCCAGCGCAUGGAUGAGCUCUUUAUCCUAAUCCGGGAUGGCUUCCUGCUCCCAACAGACCUCAGCUCCUUGGCCAGGCUGCUGCUGCUGGAGAUCAUCGAGUUCCGGGCAGCUGGCUGGAAGACCACACCCGCUGCCCACAAGUAUUACUACAGUGAGGUUUCUGACUAAGCUGGCCUCCAGCUGCACACACUGUCCCGUGGCCCUCCUUUCAAGCUGGCACCAGAAUCCUUACCUUAGUCCCUUCUAGACUCUUCUGACAACUGUGGCUCUGUCCUCUUCCCUCCCUCUGGAGUUGUGGAGAAACCAAGCAGACCCCGUCUCCUGGCUGGAGACUGUCCUGUCUUCCCACCACUAAACUGUGUAACCACUAAUGCAACA